ACUAGAAAAAUGGCGUUCUGUACAGCUGUGGGUUGCGCAAUUUAUAUGUAAAUGUGCACGAAAAUCUUAAUGAAAUUUAAUGUUUUAUGUGUAAUAAAUACCCCUGACUUAUAAAAUGCUAUUUCAAAUUUAUUAAGUGUGAUAAUAUUGUAUAGUGUUGUGAUAUUGUUCAUUAGCGCAAACCUGUCAUGGACCGUGUAUUUUUUGUGUUGUGUAUGUAUUAAAAAUAUAAAUAAUGAAACGAAAAAUAAUGUGGCUGUGUAAAUAAUGUAAAAAUAAUGGGUAUGCUAUGGGUGAUUUUGUUUUCGGCCUCAACAGGCUUACUUUUGAUACAAGGGUUACCUGUGAGGCCAACGCCGCUAGUCUACCCUCACGGUACAAAUGAAGCAGCAGUGUUGGAAGGAUGGCGGCCACAAGGGCUGUAUAUGCUGCCAGUGCUGGCGCUGGUCGUCACAGCACUUGGACUACUCUUUGGAUGCACCUGGUGUUACCGACAUAAAGACUGCAAGCCGAACGCAGGAGCAGACAAUCAGUUGUUCGCGCCGACCGCAAGCCUGCACAAUGCGCGCGCGCCGCCCGACGCAGUGUUCCCGGAGCCAGUUAACAACAACAUCAGCGAGGACAAUAAUAAUGGACCGAUCUCACUGCGCGAGAUGCAGAAUAUCGCCAACAAUAAUGCGGCAGCGUACAUCGUCAGUGAGAAUGAGGAGCGUAACAGGAUAAGUCGGGAAUCAGUCGUCGAGUUUGAACCGCUGCCCGCAGACUUGAGAGUGAUAGAUCCUUUAGAAAGAUGCGCUGAUUGGUUUGGUGGUGAAGAUUUGUCCAGGAAUCGGCUACAGUAUUUACGAGAAAUUGGUAGAGGAUGGUUUGGCAGGGUGGUUGAGGGUGAAUUGGACAACACGGGUACUUCAGUAGCAGUCAAGAUUCUAAACCAGAAUGCAAGUUUAGAAGAUAAGGCAAGGUUCUUAGAUGAGGCGAGGAUAUACCGAGACUCGAGGCAUGAGAACAUACUGGCGUUUGUUGCCAAAUGCCUGGAGGAAGAUCCCUGGAUAUUGCUGUUUGAACUUUGCUCUGUGGAUUUGCAACAGUACUUGAUAGUGAAUCGUCCUAAGAUGGCGAUACUGAACGAGAGUGGAGUGCCGCUGCAGCUCAUGUGUGACGUCAGCUCCGCACUCUCCUACCUGCACUCUAGAGGAAUGCUUUAUGGCACGCUGUGGUGCGGCAGUGUGAUGGUGCGCGAGGGCGAGCCGGCGCGCGCCGUGCUGGGCCAGUACGGCGAUAAGGACUACGAUCGCUCCGACAGCUCGAUGGACCCCUGGGUUAAAGAUAUCAUCACCGGCAGCCAGGAUGACGUCAGAUAUUACAAAGACGUGAGCGACGUUAUAAAGAAUCUCGAUAAUAUACUAAACUCCGAAAAGACGUCCAGCUCCGAAUCCAGUCAUCAGGCGAGUCCUUCCAGAGAUAACCUGAGCUUGGAAUGCAAGAAAGAUUAUCCUGUCCAAAAGAGUUUAGUGAAAUCCCCCGGGAUAACGAAUUUCCAGAAUAUUCUAGAAGUAGGAUUCGAUUCGGAGACGAACGAUGCUUGUGAAGAUGAAGGAGAUCGAGAAACGAUUGGAACAUUGAGCCAUUCUUUCGAACGUCAUAGUGAUACGAUCAGUCAAAAUACACUUGAAAAUUUGACACCAGAUACACCUACGAAUCAUUUAAUUGAUAAAAAAGUUGCAUGUGACGCUGAAAUUGUGCAAAUGGUCAAAAAAGAUGAUACAGAAGAUAAUGAAGCUAGUAUUGUUGAAAGUGAUUUACCAAAUGAUAAAAAUCAUAGUUUUAGUGAAAUACCUAUGUUGAAGGAAUUGUGUGUAGCAACAAUGCCUAGUGUAAAUGAAAUCGUUCAAGAGGAACAUGUGAAAGACUGUCGUACAACUUGUGAUAAUAAAAUAAAUGAUAUAAUUGAAAUCAAUGAUGCGGAAACUAGAUCAGUAAACGUUAUUACCAUGGAAUAUGAGAAAAAAUGUAACAAUGAAACACCGACUUUAGUAAUUGCUGAAUUGGAACGAAAAAAAGACACUGAAGUACCGACUUUAGCAGGGAUCACUGAAUUGGAACGAAAGAAAGACACCGAGGUGCCGACUUUAGCAGUAAUUACUGAAUUGGAACGAAAGAAAGACACCGAGGUGCCGACUUUAGCAGUUGUUACUGAAUUAGAACGAAAGAAAGACACCGAGGUGCCGACUUUAGCAGUAAUUACUGAAUUGGAACGAAAGAAAGACACCGAGGUGCCGACUUUAGCAGUAAUUACUGAAUUGGAACGAAAGAAAGACGCCGAGGUGCCGACUUUAGCAGUAAUUACUGAAAUGGAACAAAAGAAAGACGCUGAGGUGCCGACUUUAGCAGUAAUUACUGAAUUGGAACGAAAGAAAGACACCGAGGUGCCAACUUUAGCAGUAACUACUGAAUUGGAACGAAAGAAAGACACCGAGGUGCCGACUUUAGCAGUAAUUACUGAAUUGGAACGAAAGAAAGACACCGCGGUGCCGACUUUAGCAAUAAUUACUGAAUUGGAACGAAAGAAAGACGCUGAGGUGCCGACUUUAGCAGUAAUUACUGAAUUGGAACGAAAGAAAGACACCGAGGUGCCAACUUUAGCAGUAACUACUGAAUUGGAACGAAAGAAAGACACCAAGGUGCCGACUUUAGCAGUAAUUACUGAAUUGGAACGAAAGAAAGACACUGAAGUACAAAAUAAUAUAAACCAUGCAAUCUUGCCCGUACCGGAACUAGAAUCUGCAGAAAAAGACUAUAUUACGUCUCUAGUCAAUAAUGAUAGUGUACAUUUAGAAGAGGUAGUUAAUGAUGUAGGUAAAUUAAAUGCCAAUACAACAAUUAGAUCUGAUGAAGAAAUUGUGAUAAAAGAAUUUGCUAGCGAAAAUGCUCCUAAAGAUCUCAUAAACGGAAUAGAUCAUUAUUCAAACGAUACGGCCUUGCAUACAUAUUUGGAAACAAACGGAGAAAUUAACGAAUUAGUAAAUAAUGAAACAUUAAACACAACAGAUUCAACUAUAUAUUUAGACCUGCCCAGUUUGAUAAAAGAGACAAGUAGUUUCCUUGAAUCAGAAAGAACUAUGUCUAAUCAAGAAGAAUUCAAAGAAGUUGUCGCAAGCACUCCCAAAGGAAGUGAAAAUUCAUUCGAUAAUCAGGAAACUUUUGCUAAUGAGUGUCAAUUUGAAUCAACAACAGAUACUAAAGUACCAGAAUAUGAAUUAGGAACUACCCUCACGAAGUUGGAGCAAAGAUGCCCUCCAGAUAAUAUAAGCCCCUUGGAAUCUCCCACUAAAAGUCACCACACAGAUACUUACGAUGAAAAUAGUUCCAUAGUCUUAGGCCCGUUUGAAAAUUGUUCACUCGAAUUGUUCAAAGCUGUAAAGUCAGAAAUUGUCGACUUACCAAAGGAGGAACUUUUGGCGUUUUCAUCCAACUUUAGCGAAAUGGAUCUUGAAACACCUUCGCCCCUCCGCGACGGAAACUUCCUGAACGAAGUCCCCGAUAUCGUACACGAUGACUUAGUAUUCGACGAUUUGGCGACUGUGAGCGAAACCAAACCGAGUACCGAAGCUCAGAGCGACAACACUGAGAACUCAUAUGAAAAAUCAAAUACAGAGAAACGUAUAUCUCCAUCCACGCCACCGAACUCUCCGGGAGUUUUCUUAGCGUCCACGUCACAGCAGAAGUAUCUAGUAGAUAUCGAUUUAACUACGCCCAAUGAGAGUUCACCUCGUACAUUUACGGUAACAGAAACAGCUCCGCCGCCAUUCACACCGGAUUCAGGUCUGAGCUCUUUACAAAAAGAGAUUGAUUUGAAUCAAAUAGAGCUGCAGAUAACAACUAAGUUAGCUAUGGCUGAGAACGAGAACAAUUUGAACAUAGAAUAUCUUACACACAACGAACAGGAAAAGGAAUUAAGCCACUGCUCGACAUACAUCAUACACGAUAGCAAAUCGGAGAUAUGUGAAACUUUCUCACCGGAUUCGAUUACUGCGAACUUUAACACGUACACGAAACCGAAAACCGAGGCCGGAGCGACCACCUCUGUUCAAACCAGAUCCGAAUUAAACGAUUCCACAAAGAAUACACAAACGAAAGAUCUCGCUUAUGGCACGCUCAUGUCGGGGUUGCCUUCGGGCUCCAACUGUUCCACAGAACUACUUUCGACUGCCGACGAAGUUUGGAAACUAUCGCAACCGGAGUUGGUAAGAAGAUCACCUUUCAGAGAUGAAUUCAAUUCAUCACCCUCGAAAUCUAUCGUAGAAGAUAAGGAAGAGGAUUGUUCAGAAAUAAAUAGUCCGACAACAAAACAACCGAGCAUUAACAAAAUGGAUAGCGUCGAUGUUACCUGUCUGAAAGAUAAUUCUGAUAGUGAUAACAAAUCUGUAAUGGACAGUCAUGAUAUAAAUAUAGGAAUCGACGAAAGUCAGGAUCAAAUCAAAACUAUAGCCAAUUCCCACGCAACUAGUACUCCCUUGACUGAAAUCGUUACUAACGACGAUGAUAUAGAGUGCAUACCGAUUAAUUUGCCAAAAAUAAACACCGGUAAUAGCGAAUACCUCACGAAAAACUUGCCAAAUUUCCAAUCUUUUCUCUUAUCCGCUGAGAUGAGACCUCAAGAUAUAUCGUCUAGUAUAAGUAAUGAAGUUACAAGCCUUAACCAGGAUACAGAGGUUUUAUUAGAAGGUGAAAGCAAAAGUUUGAGCAGAAAUAGCAAAGACACCCCUUCGAUUCCCGAUGGAACACUUACGUAUUCAGAUUUUGAAGGCUCUGCUGUAAAUAAGCCCCAGGAAAUAGAUUCCCGGGAGACAAGCAGAGAUAUGCUUACAAGUGAUAAUAUUCAAGAUUUUCGAACUUCAGAAAACUCAACACCUAUUUGGCAACAGAACCUUUCCUCACUGAUAGACGCUAGUUCAUCAUUGUUACAAAAUGAAAGAAGAAUAAAUGAAAUAACAAUGCAAUCCAUAACAGUGGAUAACACUAACCAAUCUGAAAGUUUGAUCAACUUUUUAGAUAACCAGUAUAUUGUAAAGAGUCCGCCUAGUGAAGUGUAUUUAAAUGAAUCUCAUAUUAAUGAUAUUAAUAAGUCUAAUAUAUUUAUAACGGAUUUAGAUACAGAAGAAGAAACGGAACAGCCUCAUUCUAUUAUUAUAACAGAAAGCCCUUUAGUGAACAGAAUCAGUCCGAACGUUAAUAGAAAUUAUGAUUCUCAAACUGUUACUAUGUCGUAUGAUUCAAAUACGGGUUUGUUCCAGCCGUUUAAAAAGGAUAUGGUUGUAGAACAAAUGAAUGUUCUAGAAAAUGACGGAACUGUAGAUUUCGAACAUGCGAUAGAAGACGUUUGUAAGAAUAAUAGUGUAAAUGAAUCAGAACCUAGUAACUGUUUGCCGAAGACAGAUAAUGAAAUUAAAUGUAAUGGAAGUCAGAAUUAUGCAACUGUUAGUUUCUUAAAUGAAGCAUUUGAAGAGCUUGUUGAAAGUAAUGUUGAUGAUAAUGAAAGAGAUAUAGAAAAUGAUUCAGUUAAAGAAAUUGAAAAUGCAACCAGCGAGGUAGAAAAGGUUGAAAACGAGGAAGUUUCCGAAAUUCAUGAAGAGAAUAUUUAUGAGAAUCUAAGACAGGAUGAAGUGAAUGGCGUGGUCGAGGCAGAAGAUGAAACUAUGACGUCAGUGACUGAGAAUUUUUUACAGAACGAAAAGAAAUAUUGCACACUAGAUUAUUAUUUGCCUUUGAUGAAUGAUAUCAGAUUCACUGGUGAGUUUGCAUGUUUUGGGAAUUUAUUAUUUUUACUAGAUGUUGCAAGUGACUUCGCCGACGUGGAAUUUAAAAAAAAAUACAACCUAUGCACAUCCUUCAACCAAGAUUCGUCUACUGAUCCGACGUCACCCGAGUGCGAGCAGGACAGCAAACCCGACACCGUCACAGAUAUACUGAAAGAGUGGGACAGCGAGAGUGACUCGCAUUCUACUAAUUCAUCCAGCGGAGAGUUCAUUUGGAGGGACGGCGACGGCCACGACACCCGCCUCGUGCCCUCCACGCACUUCCAACACCACCGUGAGGGAGGUGCACCACAGGCCCAAGAGGGCCCCGAGCUGUCAGAGCUGGCGGAGCGCGCCUCCUCCGGCUCCUCCGGCUCCUCGGGCUCGGAGGGCGACGAGGUGGAGUUUGUCCCUUCCUCCUGGGACUGCCGCGCCGAGCCCGCCAAGUCCUCGCUGCGCAGCCUCGACCACGCGACGCCGGACAGCAAGAAGCGCGUGGUGUUCAAGCGUCAGAAGUACCAUUCGGUGUACGAGUACCCGCGCGAGGUCUGCGAGGCCACAGUUGACGCGCCGCCGGACUUGCCGGACUUCUCUACGUACUGCGACUGGGAGGCGGGCAGCGCGGAGGAGGCGGAGCUGGACUACGGGCAGCUGUUCAGUGAACACAAUGCGCUCGACUUAUACCCCCUGCGUGCUGGCAUCGCGUUUGGCGCAGGUAAUUAUUCCACGAGCGCUGCACAAACACCUCGUAUUGUCAAGAGAUACAAAUUGCUAAAUUCUUUUUAUAGAUUACGACGAAGACUUCUUCAUAUCCUCAUCGACCAAAAUGCCUUCAGCCAUCUCAACGUCUAG